AUGAGCUCGUUUAUUUGGGCACUGGUCUGUCUCAUCAUUAGCGUCUUGAUUCCGGGAUCUCUGGGAUCACAGUUUGGACCGCACCGCCGGCAGACCCUCUUAGGUCAUUCCCUCCCAAAGGUGUCGCCAAGGGUCCAUGGCAGCUUUGAAGACAACAGAUCUACCGAACAAGCCUCUGAUGAAGUACGAAGUACAGAAAUUUCCCAGGAGGUUCGGAAAAGAGAUAAGAUGCAGCAGGAUGCACGGAGCAGUAGUAAUAAGUUCUUAGCACAGGAACCACGGAACCUCAUUUCAGCAACUGGUGGCACUAAUUCCAGGUUCUAUCGCUAUCAGCUCUCCCAUCACCAGCCACUUUCACAGCUGCAGCUGAAAGCAGCAAAGCAUGCGUCUCAGCUGCAUGCUCGACAUCCCAAUUCUCCUGUAUCCUCCAGAACUGCUGCAGUAACAUCAUCAUCAAACUGCAGGAAUCGUCCAAUAGAUUUGGUUUUCAUCGUCGACAGCUCCCGCAGCGUGCGGCCCGCUGAGUUUGAAAAGGCCAAGGAGUUCCUGAUAGACAUGGUGGAUACCUUGGAGAUCGGCUCCGAUGCCACCCGAGUGGGGCUAGUCAAUUAUGCCAGCACAGUAAAGAUUGAGUUUCACUUGAAUACGUAUUUUGACAAGCACGCCUUAAAGCAGGCAUUGGCCCGUGUUCAGCCACUAGCUUCCGGCACCAUGACAGGUGUCGCGAUUAAGGCCGCUAUGGAUAAAGCUUUUAUUGCUGAGGCAGGUGCCCGGACCGGCUCCACAAGCAUUGCCAAAGUAGCCAUCAUAUUGACUGACGGGAGACCCCAGGACCAGGUGGAAGAGGUAUCAGCAGCAGCCCGGGCAUCCGGCAUUGAAAUCUAUGCAGUGGGAGUAGACAGAGCAGACCUGAUGUCCCUCCGCCUCAUGGCCAGCCAACCUCUAGAAGAUCACGUCUUCUACGUGGAGACGUAUGGUGUCAUAGAGAAGCUCACUGGAAAAUUUAGGGAAACCUUAUGUGGUAAGGAAGAUCUGGCGAGUGUGGAGAUUCCAUUUGCUGGUGUCGGAAUAGCACAAACUGGCAGGAAAGAUGGUUAUGGGAUAAAAAAUGAAACUGACAAUAGGAGAGAAAGCGGUAUACAUUUUCUUUCAGGAGUGGAUGCAUGCGCUCGCGGGCAUAAUUGCCAGCAGAUCUGUGUCAACAAUGGUAACUCUUACAGCUGUCAGUGUUGGGCAGGUUAUGUCUUGAACGCGGACAAGAGGACAUGCUCACGUCAAGAUGCAUGCGCCCGGGGACAUGACUGCCAACACAUUUGCGUUAAUAGUGGUGACUCUUAUGUCUGCAAAUGUGGAAUGGGAUACAUCCUGAAUCCAGACCAGAAAACGUGCUCACGUGUGGAUCCUUGUACUCGUGGACACAACUGUCAGCACAUGUGUGUCAACAGCGGCGAUUCGUACAUUUGCAAGUGUCGUGCGGGAUAUCUUUUGAAUGCAGAUCAGAGAACGUGCUCACGUAAGAAACUAAAUUUGCAUCUCUUUCCAGGUGUGGAUCCUUGUACUCGUGGACACAACUGCGAGCAUAUAUGUGUCAACAGCGGCGAUUCGUACAUUUGCAGGUGUCGUGCGGGAUAUAUUUUGAAUGCAGAUCAGAGAACGUGCUCACAGGAAAUGAGAAGUGAAAUAACGCAAGAUGCCUGCAAGUGUGAAGCUCAGAUUCUGUUCCAGAAAAAAGUGCAGUCGACCAUCCAAGACUUGAGCAGAAGACUCGGGGACCUUUCAGACCGACUGAACCAGAUGGAGGACCAGCAGCAAUAUUAG